AUGGGAGCAUACCCGACUAAAGAAUCGAUUGCCUCCAACUUCUUUGCUGAUGCGAAGGAGACUACGGGUGAGUCAGGGGCGGAAGGACAGCCCCCGUCGCCCUCUAGCGGCAUCGAGGAUUCAAUGGAUGCUGCUGACAGGAAGACGCCAACCCUGUGGAAGUCUAUGACUACAAUGGCUAAGACAGGGUGGACCAACCUUACCAACGACAACUCCCCCCAAGAGCUGGAGAAUGCAGACCCAUACGAACUGAACAGAGACGUGUUCGACAACAACAUGGAAAAACUGAGAAAUGUAUGGACGAACGACAGGGACAAGUUAAACAACAGCCUCAAGAUCCACGAUGUGCAUGGCCUCUCCCCACUGCAUCUGGCGUUCCGCAUGGGCAGACUGGAGUACUUGAAGUUGUUUCUGGACAAGGCCGACCCCCAGUUCUUCCACAUAUCCACCAAGGCCCCUCCCCCUUUGAGGUGGACAGUGUUGGAUGAGGCUGUAGUGCUGGGCAACAGGGAAUUCAUCAAAGCUGUACUGAAGCUUCGAACCAAACACUCUUCGCAAGUUGCCGAUGACAAGUGUCCGUUUGCAGAGAAGGUUCUGGACGGAACUAACGACGCUUACUUCCAGAUCAAGUGGCGAGUCAAGUCGUGGAUUCCACUGGUGUCUCGGUUUCUGCCGAACGACACAGUCACUGUGUUCAAGAAAGGGUCUUCUAUUCGACUGGAUACUGGGUUGAGCUUGGGCCAAAAAAUUGUGAAACUAAAAGGGAGCGAUGCGUUUUCUUUUCUACAGUAA